AUGCCGCCCUUGAACCCCUUCCUGGCUGCCUUCUUCCGAUCCGGCAACCCCAUCAUCAGCCAGUGUUCGCCAGUCCACCACCACAUCCUACUUGUCCCGUCCACCGAGUUCCUCCUUACCUCCCGCGAGACCGAAAGCGGCUCGUCCAAUUCAGAGCUGAUUGCAUCUGAAGAAUUCCUGGGAAGCCAUGUCCUCAAGAUUCCCAGCAAUGCUGCUACAGCGGGAGGGAAGGAUGCAGCCGUGGGCAACUUGCGUGAGCUGAGGGGCAAGGCGCGCCAAUACAAUACUCUGAAUGGGCGCAGCGUCGUCAUCAAGGACGCAUUCGUAUACAGCAAUAAAGGCUUCCGAACUCUUGCCCAAGCACAGCUGCUGAACGAUGCCGUGUGGUAUCCCGAUACGCUCGAACCGAGGCAAUGGUUGGUCUACUACAUAUCGCGCCCCUUGGUUGGUGUCUGGGAAGAAGUACAGAUUCAGCCCGCCAUUUUCGUCGCGGGCAUGGCCAAGCGGAAGAUGGCGGAAGCUAGGCAAGCGGCAGCUUACGAGAACGGCGAGCCCAGCCUACCGCGAAAGAAGGAGAUCAAAAGCUUCCAUGACCUUCUCAACAAUUUCCCCAUCAUUGCUAGACAAAUGCAGCCUGGACUAGAGAAGCUCUUCCACGAGUUUACCGUGAUAUUCGAGAGACCGCUUCCGCCUCCGCCGUCGGCAGUCCACAUCCCCGAUCCAACGCCAGACGGGCCUAUUUCGGCUGCCAUGAAGAAGGCACGCUCCAGUAGCAUGUCAGCGCGGAGACCUAGUGUGAAUAGCCUUAAUGGAGCCAACGGAGCUAGAGUGACCGAGAACUUCUUUGCCGAAGACGAUGAGGAUGUUAUGAGGGCGUCGCUGGAAACAGCCGUGACUAACGCCAUCGAUCUCUUCCAAAACGUCGACAAGCAGCAACUGUCGAUGCUUGGGGCUACCACUGAGCUCACGGGUCCUUUGGUUGAGCGACUGAUCGAGAGGUAUGUCACGGAAAACGUUCACAGUCUUAUAUGGAUGCGAUUAGCUGCCAUGCGCCGCCCAGAUGAUCUGGAGCUCGAGGCAAAGAUUCGCCAGAUGGAGUUCAUCGACAUCUCGCAACUCGGCAUCGCCAUUGAAGGCGGUUCGAGGGCGAAGCACGAGCUGAUAUCCAGACUGGGACGCGCAGUGGAAGAAUUCAGUAAGAUGAACGCGGCUACGUGUGCCCAGGAUAUGAUUGAGACCCUUUUAGCAACCAUGAAAACCGUUACUCACCUGACUGAACAGCCGAGGUUCGGUGCUGCAAGCGUGUCGACCGAAAAGCCACUCACGAUCAACGCAGAUACGCUUGUAUCACUUCUCCUGUUCGUAGUGAUACGAGCCGGCAUCAAGCAUUUACAAGCACGCCUCUUGUAUAUGAGGCAUUUCAUUUUUAUCGAUGAUGUGGAAAGUGGAGAAAUGGGAUAUGCUCUCAGCACGUUUGAGGCUGUCCUUACGUAUCUCCUCAGAGAUUCUGCUAGUCUGCGGCGCGCAAGCAAGCGGAACAAAUCUCUCUGGGAUGCCACUUCGAAAGGGGACCUGUCAGAACUGAAGAAGAUGAUGCACCCGGACACAAAUGCCAUAGAGGACGAUGACGAUGAAGACCAGUUACCUGGAUCGCCCAUCUCGAGCCAUGGCCCUUCGGAGAUUUGGAGCACGGUCAAUGGGUCUUCGUCGCGGCCAUCGACGGCUUACACGGUCACGGACACGUACUCGCAAGGGUCGGGUCUCAGUCAUGUAUUCCCAUUUCAGAGCGAUGAAUCAAACGAUGCGUCGAACCUCCCCCCGAAGAAGAUAGUCAAGAGAGUCGCAAUGGAUACGAGGAGUGUGUCAAGUGGCUCGGAAUACUCAUACCAUUCCCGGGCGACGAGUUUCGCAACCCUGAGCAGUGGCAUCGAAGGCGACACGUCAAUUCAUCGACUCUGCCAAACCGAGGAUUCCUUCGGGGAAUCAAUCUCCAUGAUGGCAAUCCAGAAUGAACGCCCCGAAACACUGAAAUAUCUAUUAACUCUGAGAGAAUACUUCCCAAUCGAAGUCGUCCUUGAGGACACCAACAAUCAAGGCACCACACUGCUGAGCGCUGCUGUCCAGCUGGGCCACACCGAACUCAUCGACAUUAUUCUAGAUUUUGUCAUGUCACAGACGGCACUAGAUCGGGUUAUAGAGUAUUUGGCGCUGCAAGAUGUGAUGGGUCGCAGUGUAGCACAUUACCUCUUCCACGCGCCGUUCCUAAUUGCACGCGUUGGCCAACUGCUCCCCUGGCGCCAAAGGGACAAAAAUGGGUUGACUCCACUCUUUGCGCUGUGCCGAUCUUACGACCAUGCUAAUUAUCACUCCAUGGUCGAAGCCGGGCUUCAGGCGGCCACCGAAGCUCAAGGCGACGGCCAGCCGCUUCACUUGGACGACCAUGUGGAUUCCAAGGGCAACACGCUUUUACAUAUUGUGCACGAUGCGCUUCUGACGCUCAAAAUCCUGCAGCAGUGCGACGUCGACGUGAAUGCAACAAAUGAAAAGAAGUUCACAGCGCUCAUGGUCGCCAGCAAGUAUGGCCGAUUCGACAUUGUGCGCGCGCUCUACGGUGAUCCGAGGGUUGAUGUCGCUGCGAAGGAACUUAGAGGUUUGACAGCUGUGGAGUUGGCCAAGGAUGAUGACGUUCGCAACAGGAUUGACGACCUCACGCUUUUCUCCAUGCCAAUGGGUGAAAAUUCCAGAGUUACCGGUGUAGUGCGCUCAUUCUUUGUAGAGGAUGCUACGAUACGACUGGUGUUAAAGUCGGGCGCCCCCAGUGGCAACAACAACUUCAUCGUGACGACUUGCCGCCGGUCCAUGGCCGACUUUGAGCGUCUAGCAAAUCUGCUUGCCGUUGAAAACCCGGCGUCCUGGAUACCGAACGUGUCAAGUCAACGGACGCCAUUCCAGAUUCCGUCGAAGCCCUCGAGAGCUUUGCUGAAGGAUAUUCAGAUGCGAUUGGAUGCGUUCCUCAAAAUCAUGCUUGCGCACUCGACCUUUGCUACACACGAGCUCCUGUGGGAGUUCUUCCUCGUGCCUGACUUGCAGGCAGACAUGAUGGAGCAGCGCAGCGGUCUCAAGGCUGAGACGCGUGCCGAGAAGGUGCGGGAGGAACUUGAGCCGCUGGAGGACAUGCGCGAAGUGGAGCAGUUCGUCGACCACGCCCGAGAAAUGGUUCGCAGCGUCAACUACUCUACCAAGAGUGUUGCGCGGCGGGCUAAUGUUGUGGGUGUUGUGAGUGCUGAUCUUCAUGAAGCAGCGUGUCUUGUUCAGAGACAAGUCACUAACCUGCAAUUCUUGCCCCAGUCCCACAUCUCAGCUUUCGAGGCUUACGUCCGCACCCUGACACCACCCUCCUCGUACCCAGCACAAACUUUCCACGGAACGCUCCUUGCCCUCCAAUCAACUAUCGUUGCCAUGCUAUCUGCGCUCUCACGGCCGCCUCAACUCGUCUCCCAGAUCAAUGCAUCCCGCAAGGCGAUCGAGCGCUCAUAUAAUUCCCUAUCCCGGUCAACGCGUUGGCCAUUGGGGCUUCUUGACGAAACACGGCAGCGAAUGAAUGAAGAGAAAGAGGAGAAGGCAAGGGAGAAGCAAAGAGAGGCAGAGGAGUUAGGAAAGGAGCUGCGGUAUAGCCAGCAGAUUGUCGCCGGGGAGUUGGCUGGUUGGCAAGAUAUGCAUGAAAGGAUGGGCAAGCAGGCUAUCAGAGACUUUGCUAGGGGCAUGGUGAUCAUGGAGCGAGCCAGGUUAGAGGGGAUGAAGAGGGCGUUGAGGAGGGUGCACGAUAUGCCUGAGAGACCCUCAGUGGUUGUGCCGGCCGACCGAAAACCAAUAGGCGUCGACGAGUUGACGGACCGGAUAGGGAAUGGAGUUGAUAUACCUUCGCCGAGCUUCGAGUUGGAAGCCAACGAAAUCAGAAGCUCGGCAGAGGUGGAAAACGGUGCAGGCACCGAUUCAGGUGGCGAAUCCAGUGCCAUGGGAGCGAGCGCCAUGAACAUGAUGAUGUAG